CCAAUGGCCAACCAGUCUGAAACAUACCGUUUUGUCCUGGUUGGGUUCCCAGGCCUUCCUGAGGAAUUCAACACCGUCAUCUCCAUUCCCUUCCUCCUACUCUAUAGUGUGUCACUAUGUGCCAAUGGAAUGGUCAUUGUCCUGGUUGUCUCCAAGCAGAACCUUCACCAGCCAAUGUACAUCAUCAUCGCUAGCCUGUCCAUCUCUGACCUUCUCUUCGACACAGCCAUAUUGCCGAAAGUGAUCUCCAAGUACUGGUAUGGGGCUGACUCCAUGUCCUACCACGAGUGCUUCCUACAGAUGACCAUCAUCCACACCUGCAACCCUCUGGACUCGCUCAUCAUCAUGCUGAUGGCCAUUGAUCGUUACGUUGCCAUCUGUAAGCCACUGAGAUACCAUGCCAUUAUCAGCAACCGAGUCAUCAUAGCCUCCUGCCUCAUGUUAUAUUUCAUGGCGUUUGUGAUUGGACUUUGCGUCAUGUCGUUGGCCAACCAGCUUCCCUACUACGCCAUCAACAAAAUUAAAAAUCUCUUCUGUGCCAUCGGAACCACGGCAGUCACGUCUCGCAUUAACGUGGUGGCCAUCUUGCUGAAAGCUUAUUAUAUUGGUUUGGCCUGCCACUUAGGUCCGUUGUCCUUUAUUGUGUUCUCGUACAGCAUCAUAAUCACCAGUGUCUACUCAUCGGGCCGGUCCAGGACCUGGGCCAAGGCGCUGUACACCUGCAUCACACACUGGUUUGUCAUCGCCGUAUACAACGUACCGCGCCUGGUCGUCUACACCUACGAGCAGCUGCCGACCAAACCCCAACACGACAUUUACGUCUUCCUGAUCUGCCUUUACACGUUCGUGCCGCAUUUGAGCAGCCCCAUCAUAUUUUGUCUCAGAAACAAGGAAAUCGAGAAAACUUUAACAAACAUUUUUGGAAGGAGACAUUCAUUAAAUGAGCACCAAUCGAAUUUUGUAUUUUAGCAUCAUCAGAGUCAGGAGCAGGACAAGGUGAUCUAGCAUCUAGGGUGAAGAUGGCAAACUACGUC